GUCAAUUACUAUCAUUUAUUUUCUUACCUUUUGAAAAAAAAGGAAAAAAAAAAACAGAGAAAAUUGGUGGAAACGCCAUUAACGAGAUCUAGCACGAACAGUGGUGUAGGAGAAGGCAACGACGAAAGAAGCAAGGAGCUUCAUAAAACCCUAGAGAGAUCUUUGUUUCUCCAAUUUUAGAAGACGAGACGUGAAGAAGACGAUCGAAGAUGAACAUUUUCAGAUUAGCUGGUGAUAUGACUCACCUAGCCAGUGUUCUGGUCUUGCUUCUCAAGAUCCACACCAUCAAAUCCUGCGCUGGUGUUUCAUUGAAGACUCAAGAACUCUAUGCCAUUGUCUUUGCGACGCGAUAUUUGGAUAUUUUCACGAGUUUCGUGUCUCUCUAUAACACCUCUAUGAAGUUGGUGUUCUUAGGAAGUUCUUUUUCGAUUGUUUGGUAUAUGAGGUAUCAUAAGGCUGUCCACAGGACUUACGACAGGGAGCAAGAUACGUUUCGUCAUUGGUUCCUUGUGCUUCCUUGCUUACUCUUAGCUCUUUUGAUACAUGAAAAGUUUACCUUUCUCGAGGUACUGUGGACGUUUUCAUUGUACUUGGAGGCUGUUGCCAUAUUACCUCAGCUUGUCUUGUUGCAAAGGACUAGAAAUAUUGACAACUUGACCGGGCAAUACAUAUUUCUCCUUGGGGGGUACCGUGGAUUAUACAUCCUCAACUGGAUCUACCGUUACUUCACUGAGCCGCACUUUGUUCACUGGAUAACAUGGAUCGCCGGGUUUGUUCAAACACUGCUCUAUGCCGACUUCUUUUAUUAUUAUUUCCUAAGCUGGAAGAACAACAAAAAGCUCCAGUUACCAGCUUAAUUUCUAAAUUUUCAAUGCUCGGAAACCCUACGGAUUCAAUUUGGUGCUCGACACAAUAUCCACCCGGAUGUUACCAAUUUUACUCUGAUGGUGGUUAGUAGAGGAGAACGAGCAUAGAUGUGUAAACUCCAGCAAUCUAACUUAUUACACUUUCUUUAGACUUUCUCGUCUCUCUUCUUUUUUUGGUGAGUUAGUGUUACUAAAUAUUUCGACAUGACAGUAAUAUAUUCAUCACAAUUCACAACGAGAUGUGAAUUAUUUUAAAA